AUGUCCAUAUUAGCAAACGACAGCCCUACUAAGGAUUUCGUCGUGUCAAGAGGUCUGCGGCAGGGUGAUCCUUUAUCUCCAUUUCCAUUUGCGUUAGCAGCGGAAGGAUUAACAGCAAUCAUGCGGCAGGCUGUGGGAUUGGGUCUGUUCAGAGAGUUCUCCAUGGGAAAUAAUGCCAAUUAUAGCCUGCUGCAAUUCGCAGACGAUACAAUAAUUGUUGGUGAAGCUUCUUGGGCUAAUUUGUGGACCUUAAAGUCUAUUUUGCAUGGUUUUGAAAUGGUAUCAGGUCUGAGUAUAAACAUGGCGAAGAGUAAGGUUUACGGCGUUGGGAUAGAAGGUCAGUUCUUAAAUGCGGCAUCUCAUUUUCUUUGUUGCAAGGUUGACAAGAUUCCCUUCAAAUUUUUGGGGAUAGUGGUCGGAGGUAAUCAUAGAAGGCUGGAUUUUUGGAAACCGGUGGUUAAAGGUGUGAAAGAUAAAUUGUCAGCUUGGAAGGGUAGGUUCUUAUCGAUGGGUGGAAGGAAAACACUGAUCAAUGCGGUAUUGGCUAAUAUCCCAGUAUAUUACUUGUCUUUCUUUAAAGUUCCUGUUAAAAUUGUACAUGAACUAACAAGCAUUCAAAGAAACUUUUUAUGGAAUGGCUCGACGGAGAAAGGUGGAAACUUUUUAUAA